UUGCGUCUGCAGCGAAAGGGGCUCCGGGCGGUGACACGCGUUAGCAUGGAGGGGUCGCCGGCCGGCGGCGUCUCCCUUCAUAAUUUCAGCGCGAGGCUGUGGGAGCAGCUCGUCCACUUUCACGUUAUGCGGCUGACGGACUCGCUCUUCUUGUGGGUGGGGGCCACGCCGCACUUAAACAACCUCGCCGUAGCCAUGUGCAGUCGUUACGACUCCAUCCCUGUGUCCACCUCCCUCCUUGGAGACACUUCUGACACCACAUCCACUGGCUUAGCUCAGCGUUUGGCCAGGAAGACCAACAAGCAGGUGUUUGUCAGCUAUAAUCUUCAGAACACAGACAGCAGCUUCACGUUACUUGUAGAAAACAGGAUCAAGGAAGAAAUGGCUGCUUUUCCUGAAAAGUUUUAGCUGGGUAGCAGAAGUGAGGUUUUGUAACUUAUGUACGAUAUAAUCUUAAAUAAAUCUUUAGUUCAGUCUGA